GUUUGGAUGAAAUUGGCUCAGUGGUUUAUGAGGAGAUGUCAUUUAAAGCAAAAGUUUACGGACGGACGACGGACGGACGACGGACGGACGCCGGACGAAAAGCGAUCACAAAAGCUCACCCUGUCACUUUGUGACAGGUGAGCUAAAAAUAUUGAGAAAUUGAUAUUUUUCAAGAAGUACAAUGUAGAAGAUUCUUAAGGCUUUCAGUUAUCUUAAUUAUAGAGUACAUCAUUGUUUAAAUUUAAUAUAACUGUGAAAGAAAUAGAGACAAUUUUAUCGAUUUUACAAUGUAAAUAGAUCAACUAACAAACAUAGUCGGGGGAAAAAAAACAAAAUGGCUACAGGUCGACAAAUUAAUACAGAUAUUCUUUCGGAUGAAAUAUUUGAUGUAUUAUGUUCAAUGUGUAGAAAUGAAGGCAGGAACACUGAAGGUGAAAAAUACUGUGUUGACUGUCACGAUUAUUUCUGUGUUAGUUGUGUCAAAAUUCACAGUAAAGUGCCUGUAUUAGCUGGUCACAAGGUAUUGGAUAAAUCUCAAGUUAAGUCAGGAACCAGCAAAAGGCUGCCGAGGGCACCUGCAGAGAGAUGUGACAGACACAGUCAUAAACACAUUGAUAUGUACUGUCAGAACCAUGAUAAUGUUGGUUGUUCUACAUGUAUGGCAGUUGAUCACAGAUUAUGUAAGGACACAUUCUACAUACCAGAAUUUAUCCAAAAUAAUUCUUACCAAGUUGAAUCGAGAGACAUUCAAGCAAAACUUAAAGAAAUAACCAAAACCCUUGAAAAACAAGCUGAUAGAUUUAAACAGGAUAAACAAAGGCUGUUAAAGAGGAAAGCAGAAAUACUGGCUUUUAUCAGAAAAUUCCGUCAAGAAAUCAAUGACCAUCUUGACAAGCUGGAGAAAAGUUCUAUUAAUGAGAUAGAGAGUAAAGUAAAAUGUCUUGAAGACAAAAUCGAAGACAGUUUAAAAACAGCUACAAGCAAAUAAGUCCAGGAUUAGAUCAGCUAAUGAUAAGUUAGCAUCUACAAACACAAAUCAUUCUGAAGUGUUUGUUUAUGUGAAGAUGGGAGAAGAUGCUGCAAAUGUUGCCAACAAAUAUAUGGAGCAUGCCAAAAUAAAAAGUAAGUAGGAGACAUAGAGUUUCAACCUGACAGAACAAUUCUUACACAGUUAGAACAAAAGAAGACCAUAGGCAUACUAUCAGAGAAACCUACAAAGACUGCGGACAAUUUAUUUCAGAUUAAAGGAAAUCAAUCAUAUAAUGUCAAAGUUAAGUCAGAUGACAGUUGUAAUGUCAAGAGUGCCUGCUGUAUGGAAGAUGGUACAAUA